ACACUAAAUUGGGGCUAAGAUAAACAAUACGUUUUAUAAUUUAGUAUUUUUUACUAAAUUAAUAACUUUUUAAUAAUAAUAAUAAUGAUUGACAACAACAACAACAACAUACCGGUGCUGUGUAUAAUAACUAUACUAUUAACUGUUGGGUCUAUCGGGCCGACACACGGCUAUCCGGGUGUAGCGGACGAAGUACGCAAUCUACCCGGUCUUGACUUUCCCAUCAAUUACCGGCACUAUUCGGGUUAUCUGAACUCAACAGAGGACCGGUAUCUACACUAUUGGUUUUUCGAGAGUCAACGUAGUCCGGCUACCGAUCCGCUAGUAUUGUGGCUGAACGGCGGUCCCGGCUGUUCCAGUGUAUUGGGAGCACUGACCGAACAGGGACCCAUACAUGUCAAUCGUAACAAUAGUCGACAAUUGUAUGCCAACCCGUACAGCUGGAACCGUGAGACCAAUAUACUGUUUCUUGAGUCGCCAGCCGGUGUCGGCUUCUCAUACAAAUUGGACGGCCAGUACGCAACAGAUGACGAUACAGUAGCCAAAGCUAACUACCAGGCCUUGAAAAGUUUCUAUAAAAAAUUUCCCCAAUUUCUGGCUAACGAUUUCUAUGUUACCGGCGAAAGCUAUGCCGGCGUUUAUGUACCGACACUGGCCGUCGAGAUUGUACGCGGACUUCCCGAUCAGGCAAUCCCAUUGAAAGGUUUGGCCAUCGGUAACGGCUAUCUGGAACAGUCCUUAUUAGGCAAUUCGUUGAUCUACUUUGGCUACUAUCACGGCCUAUACGAUACCAGUGUUUGGCUAAAAUUGUUGGCCAAUUGCUGUCCAUCAUCGGUAAAUACUUUGACCAAUUCUAGCCUAACGCUUGAGGCGGCGGCAGUUUUGAUGGCCUCCGCCGCCGCCGCCACUGCCAACAACAACAACAACAACAAUCGGUGCGAUUUUGUCAACAAUCCGGACACUGGUUGCCGACAGGCUGUCAACCAAGCGGUCGGUUUUAUACGGGAACCGGGACUUAACAUCUAUAAUCUGUAUGCAGAUUGUGAGGGACAGCGGCAAUCUACAGGUGCUGGUGUUGGCGGCAAUAGUGAUGGUCGCCGACGUUAUAAUCUAUCGGCAAAAUAUUCACGUGAAAUGUUUGACCGCAAACUAAUGUUGAAGACAGUGACGGUGCAGCCGCUGAACGGGUCAUCGUCAAACAGCAAUAGUCAGCAGCAGCUAUGGGAUCAGCUCAGGGAUACACCACCGUGUGUUGACACUGGUUAUGUAGAAGAGUGGAUCAAUCAGCCACUGGUUCGCCAUAGUCUACAUAUACCCGAUGACCGACGCGACCGAUGGACUUGUUGUAGUUUAGCCGUCGAAACUGGCUAUCGAAACAUCUAUAAGUCAAUGAAACCGCAGUUUCGGGAACUGUUGGCCAGUAGUAGUAGUAGUGGGCGGCCAUCACUGAAAAUACUUGUAUAUAACGGUGACGUUGAUAUGGCCUGCAAUUUCUUGGGCGAUGAAUGGUUUGUCGAAGAUAUGGGCCGAUCGUUAACCCAGUCCUACAAUAUCUGGCACUAUAACCACCAAAUUGCCGGCUAUUAUAAAGUUUACGAUAGGCUAGCAUUUGUAACGGUACGCGGCUCUGGCCAUAUGGUACCGACCGAUAGGUCAGGGGCAGCCCUGAAAAUGUUUUCGGCUUUUAUCAACUCCGAGGCCACUAACAUAACAAUUAGUUAGUUUUUAAUUAAACCAAUUGAUAAUAAAUAUAUUUUAUUUUAUUGA